AUGACAAAUCGUACCACAAGGUCUUCAUCCAGUAACCAAGGGCAAGACCAAGACAAUGAUCGUGAACAAACCCCUCAAGACAACCAGCGUGAAGAAGACACAGACAUGCCUCAAACCCCUCAACAAGACAACCAAGCAUCUCAAUCCCAAGGACCCCAACAAGAACCUCAAGAGUCCCAAGAUACUUCUCAAGGCAACGAAUCCAAGCAUGCAUCAUCCACUAUACAUGCUGACGUGGAUACCAUCUUGGUUUUACUCAACCAAAGGGUGGAGCAGACCGCCAGGGAAUUGUUGAAGGCACAAGACAAGUCCAAAGAAGAGCAUGACGUAGCAAUGCGUCAACACAAGUAA